UCACCCACCCACGUCAUUCAUAAAUUCAUUCACACAUACGAGUGUCAUCUGUCACGACGUGCCAACGUCAUGUCUCGUUUUUAAAAUUUCUUGAAUAAUUUUUAUGGAAAUAUGGACAUAUAAUUGUUAUAAUUUCAUUUAGGCCGUGUUAUUGCCUAGUUUACUUAAGUUUGUGUAGAAUAAUACAGUGAGUGAAUUCGUUUUAUAAUUCUGUGCAAUUUUACAAAAUUUCGGGGGUCGAUUUCAUAAUCUGAAAGUUGCAGUCGCUAUCAAUAAACAGACAGAAUAUUGUGUGCCCUUGUGCAGUGUAGGUAGGCACGAUGGACCAGAGUGGCAUAUCUCCGAAUACUUCGAAUCAGCAGCUAGUUAUUAACAGUGAUAAUGAGUCGGCGACGGCGUUGCUGCAAGAGAAGCAGGCGAGGAGAAGCGAAAGUUUGAGGGAUGUCACCUUCGUCGAAUACAUGACUGUCGGAAUACUGUGCUUCGUCAAUCUCAUCAACUACAUGGACAGAUUUACCCUGGCAGGGGUAUUAGCCGAUGUGAAGAAAGAGUUCAAUAUCGGCGAUGACUACGCCGGUCUGCUGCAGACGGUAUUCGUCGUCGCGUACAUGGUGUUCGCGCCGAUCUUCGGCUACCUCGGCGACCGCUACUCGAGGAGAGCCAUCAUGGCUUUCGGAGUGGCGUUAUGGAGUCUCACCACUUUCGUGGGCUCCUUCAUUCCGAAUUACGCGUGGUUCGCGGUGUUCCGCGGUCUGGUGGGCAUCGGCGAAGCGUCCUACAGCACCAUCGCCCCAACGAUCAUCAGCGAUCUGUUUGUGGGAAACGUGCGCACAAAAAUGCUCGCAUUUUUCUACUUCGCCAUACCAGUGGGAAGUGGUAUGGGCUACAUCGUGGGGUCGGAGGCGGGCGCGGCGGCCGACAACUGGCGCGUGGGGCUUCGCGUGACCCCGUUCCUGGGCGCCGUGGCGGUCGCGCUCAUCAUAUGGGUCAUGAGGGACCCGGAGCGCGGCGCCGCUGAGGACAGCCACAUGAAGCCCAGCUCCUAUAGCGAUGACUUGCGGUCGCUUGUCAGAAAUCCAUCGUUCAUGUUGUCGACACUGGCCUUCACUUGCGUGGCGUUUGUGACCGGCGCCCUCGCCUGGUGGGGCCCCCAGUUCAUAUACCUGGGGCUCAAAAUGCAGAACGAUGUCGACAUAACCCUCGAGAGGGUGUCGCUAAUCUUCGGCGUGAUCACGAUGCUGUCGGGGCUGCUGGGCGUGCCGCUGGGCGCGUGGCUGGGCACGUCGCUGGUGAAGCGCUUCCCGCGCGCGCACCCCGUCAUCUGCGGCGCCGGCCUGCUGCUGUCCGCGCCCGCCAUGGGGCUCGGCAUGCUCCUCGCCGACGGCAGCUUCUACGCACCCUUCGCCCUCAUGUUCAUUGGCGAAGUCGCUUUGAAUCUCAACUGGGCAAUAGUGGCCGAUAUGUCGCUGUAUGUUGUCAUCCCGCCUCGUCGGUCUACUGCGGAGGCUUUCCAGAUAUUAAUAUCGCAUAUGUUAGGUGAUGCUGGCAGCCCAUACUUAGUUGGUGUGAUUUCGGAGAGUCUAAAGCGGUCUCUGUCAAUGACAUACCUGGAACCGCCCACAGAAAGCGUCCAGUUCCGAGCGCUACAAUACGCUCUGUUCACCACCUGCUUCGUCGAAGUCAUAGGAGGAGUGUUCUUCCUUCUCACAGCUAUUUACAUCGUCAGAGACAAGCGCAGAGUUGACAGAGCGAUUGCAGUUUCGUUCGCAAAAGUUAUUUAGUCCGUAGAAGCCGAGGCACAAACAGCGGAACCGUCACACAGCUCAGCGCAAGAGGAAAACGCAAGCAACUAAAGCAUUUCAAGUAUUUCGUCGUUUAGACCUGUGGGAACUGCACACGCACGCGCGGGAGAAGAAUCUGAUGUUUCAGUCGCAUAACUGUAACAGACAUGUUCUCUACCAACAUUAUUGAUUUAUUGAUGAACGAUCAACCUAUCGGGAACAAGUCAUAGUUACUGGUUACGUAGGAGUUGAUUGUGAAUAUUUACGAAGACUGAUAUUUGAAAAGCAUUGUACGGCGUUGGGCGGGUUAUGAUGAAUGGUGAUUGUGUGAAGUAACAAUUAAUUUAAAUUUUAUGUAAGGGUUUAGGAACUAGGCAUCACAGUCCUACUGUUACCUAUUUAGAUAAGAAGUGCCUACAAAUUAUGUAAUACAUGAUUUUAGUGACUAGCGUAGAGAAGGCGUGACGCAUAUCAGGCACAUUCGGUCCUCUGAACAAUUAUUGAAGUACAGAAAUUUCAGGAAUUGUAUGCUGUUGCCAAUAGUAUUUGUUUUUUUCUGCAAAUUUAAUUAAUUCGAUUUAUUUAUGUUGAUUUAUUAUUUUAUCAUUUAUCUUUUUUUUUAUUAAUUUUGAUUGCAAUAUUAACGUCAAAUUAUAAUAAUUUCCUAGAUUACUUUUUGAAUAACUCUUUAGAAAUAUUCAUACAGUUUAACAAAUAAAUAUUUAUAAACAAUUCGGUCAAGGUUCCUAUGAGUGUCUAAAAUAAUUGUACUAAGUAACUACUACUUAAAUUGUUAAUCAGUACUAAAAUACUAAUAAAUGAAUGAACGAAUUCGAUGGUGGUACAUAUUCAUUUACUGCAUUUGACUGAAAGAGGCAACUUAAUCUAAAUUGUGCUAAUUCGAAAAUCUAGAUUUUGUAGUUAAACUGUAUUGAAUAAUAUGAGUCAAGACUGAAUUAUGUAAUGUUUGCCUAGAUUAUUUUAUGUAAUGAUAUAAAUUACAAUUUGUUUUGUAAAUAUCGUGUAUAGUGUCAAGGAAUUGAAAGAAAAUAUAAUUUAUUUUUAAUUAAUAA